AUGAAGCACAAAGGUAUGGAGUGCGCCUGGGGUACGAAGCUCGAACGCGACAUUGUGCAGGCGAUUGUGAAACUUCUUAAAGAAACUUCUGCCAAUUUAGAGGGGUCGGAAACGGAGGGAAAACGACCAAAAUGGUUGCGCCAGCUGGAAGGUGGUCACAGUCUGGGGCGUGAAAUCGACAAAAUGGCGGACGAGCGUCGAACACUUAGUCGUUUUGGUGUAUGGCUUCUUGCUGCUGUCUGUCCACCCAUACCAGAAGCUAGGCCG